AUGACUUCUGAUUCUGAUAAUGACUGCCCUCCACUUCUUCUGGAAGAUGAAGAACAAGACACAACAAUGUCUAUAGAAGAAAUUAAAUUUUCACUUUGGAAUACAUUCAAACACCAUAUUCCGCGUCUUAUUAUUACUGUCCUUAUCGAUCUUAUUAUUCCUCUUGCUGUUUAUCUUAUGUUACAAAAACGAAUCAAACCUGUUUAUGCACUUGCAGCGGCGGGUGUGCCACCUUUUAUUAUGGUUCUUAUCAAAGGUGUCGUAUCGCGAACAUUUGAUGCACUUGGUUUUAUUGUUUUUAUUUCUUUCGUUGCAUCAGCUAUUGCAGCUAUCAUAACACAUAAUCCUAUUAUUCUAUUAUUAGAAAAAUCUCUUGUUACUGGUAUAAUAUCCAUUAUUUUUGGUAUAACAUUGAUACCAUUUCAUUGUUGCCAUCAUCGAUGUCAAAUACGGCCACUUGCUUAUUAUUUUUAUCAAGACUUAGUACCAACGAAACGAAAAGAUAUUGGAUUACCUGAUAGUGUAUUUGAGGAUACACAAGAAUUAAUUGAUGAUCAGUUUUCCGAGAUGCAUGAAGAAAACUUAUUACCAUCAUUAAGUCAUAAACAAGAAAUUGCUCAAGUAUAUGAAUGGAUUUAUGCACAUUGUUCAUCAUUUCGUUAUUCAUGUUAUAUUAUAACAAGUAUUUGGUCAGUUGGACUUCUAUUAGAAUUUCUUGCUCGAUUAUUUCUUAUUUUAAUUCGUUUAACAAUUGAUAAAAUAUUUAUUUAUGGUCAUAUUAUAUUGAGUGUAAUGACAAGUUUAUUAAUUCUAUUAACAGUUAUUUCUAUAACAAGAGAAAGAAAAUAUACAUUAAAAUCAAUUGAACAAUGGAAAAAAGAAUAUUUAAACCUUCACCAACAACAAUCCGAAUUGAUAUCAUCACCAUUGAUAAACAAUAUAAAUUCAAAUAUUGUUAUUUAA